AUGGAGGUCAAAAUUAUUUCCAAAGAGUGCAUUAAACCCUCUUCUCCAACGCCCCCUAAUCUGAAAACCCACAGGCUCUCCCUCUUGGACCAAUUCAGUCCUUUCGGCUAUAUUCCUGUCAUCUUCUUCUAUCUCAUGAACCAAAGCAUAAGCAAUAAUGCUGCAGUUGAUCAUAUUGUCUCUCAAAGAUCACAUUCGCUAAAGCAAUCCUUAUCAGAAUUCCUAACUCGCUUUUACCCAUUUGCUGGCAAAAUCAAAGAUAAUCUCUCCAUUGAUUGUAAUGACGAGGGGGUGUUUUAUUUAGAGGCUUAUCUAAAUUGUCAUCUUGUUGAUUGCCUCCGCCAGCCUAAUAUCCCAUCCUUCGAAAAAUUUCUUCCCCGAGAAUCAUGGAAACGGCCAACUGAGGGAGACCACGUAGCUAUGAUAAAAGUGACCACCUUUGCAUGCGGCGGCAUUGCCAUUGGUGUCCUUGUUUCCCACAUGAUCGCUGAUGGAAUUUCCUUGAGUGUCUUUCUCAAAGAUUGGGCAGCCACUGCUCGUAAGGCAUGUGAAAAAGUUGUAUGUCCUAAUUUUGACGCCCCAUCGAUUUUCAUACAAAACGGUGCGUAUUCUAGAGAAGCCAUUAUGACGGCUUUGUCCAAGCCCUGCAAAUCGGGCAGGUGUAUAGUAAGGAGAAUUGUGUUUGAUGCCUCAACCAUUGCAUCCCUUAAAGCCAAAGCAACCAGCUCAAGCGUGCAAAACCCGACAAGAGUUGAGGUUGUGUCGGCAUUCCUAUGGAAAUGCACCAUGACUGCCUCCAAGGCCACUUCUGGCAUUCAAAGGCCAACCUUUAUUAUCCAUGAAGUGAAUUUGCGCCGCAGAGCAAAUCCGCCAUUCACGGAAUCUUCCAUGGGAAAUAUAAUUUGGGGAACAGGCGCAUUAUGCACGGCUGAUGAGAUAGAUUUAAUUUGUAUGGUCAGCAAGCUUAGAGAAGCAAUAACGAAAGUAAACGUUGAUUUUGUUAAAAACCUACAAGGUGAUGGAGGGUUUUUCAAGCUGUGGGAACUUGUGAAAGCAAGGACUGGAGCAGUCUCAAGCAUGGCAUUUUCUUGUGGAAUGGAUUACAUUGGGUUUACUAGUUGGUGUAACUUUGGUGUCUAUGACAUUGAUUUUGGGUGGGGAAAGCCGAUGUGGGUAAGCCUUGUUGGUGCAUCUGGCGAUUCGGAAACGGUGUUCCGAAGUAGGAUUUGUCUAAUGGAUACAAGAUCCGGCAACGGAAUAGAAGCAUGGGUUUUGUUAGACAAAGAAGAUAUGACUAUGUUAGCGCAAGACCAGGAACUUCUUGCUUUCGCUUCUUUGGAUCCUAGUCCCAUAGAAUAG